GAAGAAGAAAAAGACGAAGAAGAAGAAGAAGACGAAGAAGAAAAUGAUGAAAACCAGCGACAACUUUUAUCAUUUUUAAUAACUUUCAUCGUAAUGGAGGACUCCUGACUUCACGCUGCCAACCUGUCAGCUUAUGCUGCGUGCUGACGUCCACUUCCUGCCAUGGACUCGGAGCUGCUGAUUGGUUGGCAGCUGGAGAGGGUGGGGCUCCAACAGGAAGUGCGGCGGCUGCAGGAGGAGCUGGUAGAGAGUCGAGCGGAAAAAGAGGAGCUGGCAUCCAGGAUCCGGGCCCUCAAUGAGCGUCUGGAGCUGCCCCCCCUGCAGCAUGAGGACCAGGAGCACAUGGCGUGCAGGAGGCAGGCCCGCCAUGCCCGGGAGAGAGAAGCUCGCCAGGCUCUGCUCCUCCACCGCCUCCAGAACAAGGUGUUGCAGUACAGGGAUCAAUGUCACAACUUGGACAUUCACCUCAAACGACUCCAAGCACAGCAAAGUUCCGGUGACCACUGUGGGCCUCUGGAGAGCGCCCUCCUCAGGCUGGAAGAGGAACAACGCAGGUCUGCUGGCCUGGCCGAGACCAACUCCUUUCUCCGCCAGCACCUGGACCAAUCAGAGCAGGUCAACCUGGCCCUGAGAGAGGACGUCUGCAAGCACACCUCCACUUGGACUGCAGCUCUGGAGGAGGCCCAGCACCAAGCAUCUAAUUGGCAGAGAGAACUGGAGUGUGUGUCAGGUCACAUGGCUCGGCAGCAGGCUCAGACCUUGUGUGUGUGGAGGACCACCAUGGCGCUCAGACAAGACUGUCGCUCUGUCAGGACCGCCACCGACAGGGAUCUGUUGGAGCUGAAGGCGGACCUCUCCCGUCUGUCCUUGUCCAUCCUCUCCAGCUUUGACUCCUCCUCCUUGAGCCUCCUCAAACUCUCCCCCCUCCCUCCCCCGCCUUCUGACCUCCUGCCCUCAAGCCUCCACCCGCUUCUACGCCCCCUCGCCUCCUCCACUUCCACCCUCGGAACCUUCACCGUGGGCGAGCUGGAGGUGGAGCCAGAGGACAGCAUGCUGGAGCACAGCCAACCAGACACAAGCCUGGAAAGUGUGACUAAAGCCAUCAUCAAGCUGUCUCGGGUGUUGAACAGCAGCGCCCCCCCACACUCUGUGCACGGCACCUCCUCCCUGUUGUCCGUCCUGUCCGACACCGAGAGCGCCCUCCAUUGGAGGCACCAGGAAGCGCAGAGGGCGGAGCUUACUGUGCGACGGCUGACCGAGGAGAAGACCUUGCUGCAGACACGACUGAAACUGCUGGAGGACGACAACCAGCAUCUUCACAAAAAUGCACUGGCGCUCACGCACCAACUCAACAGAGAUCGGGAGGCCACAUCUACACGGCAAGCACUGGAGAGCCAGCUUCACCAGAAGGGAGAGGUGGAGCUUCGUAGCAAGGAAGGAGUGGUUCACAGCAAGGAGGCGGAGUUUCAGAAAAGAGAGGCGGUCCUCUGUCAGAGAGAGGUGGAGCUUCGCAGCAAGGAAGGUGAGAUGCAAAGCCAGGAGGCGGAGCUACAGAAGAGAGAGGCGGAGCUUCGCAGCAAGGAAGAGGAGACGCAAAGCAAGGAGGCGGAGCUACAGAAAAGAGAGGAGGUGGAGCGUGGUAGCGAGGAAGAGGAGAAACAACGCAAGGAGGCGGAGCUACGGAAGAGGGAGAAGGUCCUCCGUCAAGGAGAGGUGGAGCUUCACAGCAAUGUAAAGGAGACACAAUGCAAGGAGGCAGAGCUACAGAAAAGAGAGGAGGUCCUCCUUCAAAGAGAGGUGGAGUUUCGCAACGAGGAAGAGGAGACGCAAAGCAAGGAGGCGGAGCUACAGAAAAGAGAGGAGGUGGAGCGUGGUAGCGAGGAAGAGGAGAAACAACGCAUGGAGGCGGAGCUACGGAAGAGGGAGAAGGUCCUCCGUCAAGGAGAGGUGGAGCUCCGCAGCAAGGUAAAGGAGACACAAUGCAAGGAGGCGGAGCUACAGAAGAGAGAGGCGGUCCUCUGUCAAGGAGAGGCGGAGCUUCGCAGCAAAGAAGAAGAGGUUCAGAGCGAGAAGGCGGAGCUAAAGAAGAGGGAGAAGGUCCUCCUUCGAAGAGAGGUGGAGUUUGGCAGCGAGGAAGAAGAGAUGCAAAGCAAGGAGGCGGAGCUACCGAGCAGAGAUGAGGUGGAGCGUAGUAGCAAGGAAGUGGAGAUACAACGCAAGGAGGCGGAGCUAAAGAAGAGGGAGAAGGUCCUCCGUCAAGGAGAGGUGGAGCUUAGCGGAAAGGAAGAAGGGAUGCAACAAAAGGAGGCGGAUCUACAGAGGAAAGUGGAGGUCCUCCGUCAAGGAGAGGUGGAGCUUCACAGCAAGGUAAAGGAGACCCAAUACAAGGAGGCGGAGCUACAGAAAAGAGAGGAGGUCCUCCUUCAAAGAGAGGUGGAGUUUUGCAGCGAGGAAGAAGAGACGCAAAGCAAGGAGGCGGAGCUACGGAGCAGAUAUGAGGUGGAGCGUGGUAGCAAGGAAGAGGAGAAACAACGCAAGGAGGCGGAGCUACGGAGGAGGGAGAAGGUCCUCCGUCAAGGAGAGGUGGAUCUUCACAGCAAGGUAAAGGAGACACAAUGCAAGGAGGCGGAGCUACAGAAGAGAGAGGCGGUCCUCUGUCAAGGAGAGGUGGAGCUUCACAGUAAGGAAGAAGAGUUGCAACAUAAGGAGGCGGAGCUGCAGACGAAAGAGGAGGUCCUCUGUCAAGCACAGGUGAAGAUUGGCUGCAGGGAGGAAGAGGUUGAGAAAAAAGAGGCGGAGCUACAGAAGCGCGAGGAGGUCAUUUUUCAAGGACAAGUGGAGCUUGGCUGCAAAGAGGAAGAGGUGGAGAACAAGGAGCUGGCAUUGCAGAAAAGGGUGGAGGUCCUUUGUCAUGAAGAGAUGCAGCUCCGUAAUCAGAAGGACCAGGUGGAGAGCAAGAAUGAAUCAGAGCUUGACAGCAAGAAGAAAGAAGUCCAGAGAAAAGAGGCGGAGCUACAGAAGAGAGAGGAGCUUCUCGGUCAAGGAGAGUUACAACUUUGCGGGAAGAAGGAAGAAGUCCAGGGAAAAGAGGCGGAGCUACAGAAGAGAGAGGAGCUGCUCUAUCAAGGAGAGUUAGAACUUUGCCAGAAGAAGGAAGAAGUCCGGGGAAAGGAGGCGGAGCUACAGAAGAGAGAGGCGGUCCUCUGUCAAGAAGAGUUGGAACUUUGCCAGAAAAAGGAAGAUGUCCAGGGAAUGGAGGCGGAGCUACAGAAGAGCGAGGAGGACCUCUGUCAAGGAGAGUUAGAACUUUGCCAGAAGAAGGAAGAAGUCCAGGUAAAGGAGGCGGAGCUAACGGGGAGAGAAGUGGUCCUCUGUCAAGAAGAGCUAGAGCUCUGCGGGAAGAAGAAAGAAGUCCAGGGAAAGGAGGCGGAGCUACAGAAGAGAGAGGAGGACCUCUGUCAAGGAGAGUUAGAACUUGUUAGGAGGCAGGAAGAGCUCCAGAGCAAGGAGACAAAGUUGCAGGAGUUGGAGGACGAGCUGCAUGGAAAAGAGGAGGAGGUGAAAGGGAAGGAAGCAGGGCUACAAAAGUUGAGGGAAGCGCUGUCUCAAGAAGAGGCGGAGCUUAGCCGCAGGGAAAGGAAUAUGCAGAUCAGGGAGGAGGCGCUACAAGAAGGGAAGAAUGAGCUUCAUAGAACAAAGGUGAACCUGCAGGGCAAGGAGGAGCAAGUGAAGGAAGGAGAGCAGGAGGUAGAGAAGAGGCUUAAUGCUGAGCUGCUGGAGAAAGAAGACAUCAUCAGCGACCUGAAGGGGGCGUUGGAGAGCCAACUGCGGGCCAGGGUGAGGGCAGAAGAGGAAGCGGCCGACGUCAGAGACGCUCUGCUGAAGCGCUCCUCUCAGCACGCCUCGGUGUUGGAGGAGCUGAAGCAAGCACAGAAGGAGCUCCAGCUGGCGGCGGAGGACAUCGCCAGGAUGGAGCGUGUGCACAAGGAGCAGCAGAUGGAGAGCAGCAGGCUCCAGGAGGUGCAGGCUGCUGUGCAAAGGCAAGAAGAGCUGCAGGAGGAGCAGGCGCAGGAGCUCAGGUCUCGCUCAGCAUCCCUGCUGGAGCAGCUUCAGGAGCUCCAAACGCAGCUGCGCCAGGCCCAGGAGGAGCGCUCUCACCUGAGCGCGCACCUGCACACGCUGCAGGAGGCCAAAGACGCACUGGGCGGCGAGGUGCAAUGUCUGAGGGAGGAGCUGCACCAGGCGGAGAUGAGGGCCAGCAGAAUGGAGGAGGAGGAGAAGAAGAGGAUGGCAUUAAAGGAGGAGGCUGACUUGGUACAGGAAAGAGGAAGCAAACAUGAGAUGCUCCAUUCAGGCAUAUUGUCAUUAGAAGAGGAGCAGAUGAGUGCUGUCAGAGAGGGGGAGGAACAUGUGCAAGAAUGCCAGCUGCAGGAGGAGGACAAAAACAAGCUGGAAGAAAAGGAGGCCAGAAUGGAGCAGCUGGAACUCCUGCUGACAAAAACACAUUCCCUGGAGGAAGAAGUGACCCAAUGGAAGGAAAAGGCCAAACAGAUCUCCUUAAUGCUGGAGGAGCGGGAAAGGGAGGUGCAGCAGCUGAAGAGCACGUGGACUGAGAUGGAGGGGGAGAAGAAAGAACAGGAGGAACACGCGCGAGAAUACCUGAGCUCGGAACUGCUAGAGGAGGAAACGAGCAAUCCGGAAGAAAAGGAGGUCAGAAUGGAGCAGCUGGAACUCCUGCUGAGGAAAACACAAUCCCUGGAGGAAGAAGUGACCCGAUGGAAGGAAAAGGCCAAACAGAUCUCCUUAAUGCUGGAGGAGCGGGAAAGGGAGGUGCAGCAGCUGAAGAGCACCUUGAUAAAGAUGGAGGACGAGGAGGACAGGAUGAGAGAAGUGCAGAGGAGAAGUGACGAAGAGCGGAAGCAGCUGGAAGUCCAAUGUGAGAACAUCCAAAAAGAGAUGGAGGAGAAGAAGAAAAGACUGUGGGAGGUGGAGAGGAGGCUGGAGCAUGAAGACUUGUUGGACAAGGAGGUCCAUACAGCUGAGGAGGAAUGUGUUCCAAGAGAGGAGGAGUUGCAGCAGACUUUGGCGAGGGAGAAACAGAAAGUACAAGAUAAGCUGCGGAGGGCCGAGGAGGAGGUGAAGGCUCUUAGAGAGGAUUUGGUAAGGGAAGGGAGAAGGAGAGAGGAGGCGCAUCAGGAACUGAGAGGAGCACAACAUAUGGUGGAGGUGAUGGAGCUCAACCUGAAAGCCCUGGAAAAGGAGGUGAAUGACAAGCAACAGGCCAUGGAGGGCGAGUACGAGAAGAUGAAGGCCCUGAAGCAACUCUUGCAAGAGAGCCACGACCAGGGGGAGCGUCUGAGGGGCGCCCUGGAGGAGGAAAGGAAGACCAGCCAUGAUAGAGGAGUCGCAGCUGAAGGACUGGAGGCCAAGCUGAGGGACCUGCAGGAGAACUUGAGACAGGCGCAGCAGGAGGGGAGGAGAGAGGCUGGAAAACGACGGAGGACAGAUGAGGAGGCCGAGCAGGUGAGGACCGAGGAGGAGGAGAAGACCGAGCAGGAAAGCACCUAUACGGUGGAGCAAUGGACCACAGAUGAUGAAGAGGAGGAGGAGACGGAGCAGGAGAGGACAUAUGAGGAGGAGCAAUGGAAGACAGAGGAGGAGGAGAAGACAGAGCAGGAAAGGACCUAUAUGGUGGAGCAAUGGAAGUCAGAGGAGGAGGAGAAGACUGAGCAGGAGAGGACAUAUAAGGAGGAGCAAUGGAAGACCGAGGAGGAGGAGAAGACGGAGAAGGAAAGGACAUAUGAGAAGGAGCGAUGGAAGACCAGGGAGGAGGAGAAGACCGAGCAGGAGAGGACAUAUGAGGAGGAGCAAUGGAAGAAAGAGCAGGAGGAGAAGUCCGAGCAGGAGAGGACAUAUGAGGAGGAGCAAUGGAAGACCGAGGAGGAGGAGAAGACGGAGCAGGAAAGGACAUAUGAGAAGGAGCAAUGGAAGACCAGGGAGGAGGAGAAGACCGAGCAGGAGAGGACAUAUGAGGAGGAGCAAUGGAAGAAAGAGCAGGAGGAGAAGUCCGAGCAGGAGAGGACAUAUGAGGAGGAGCAAUGGAAGAAAGAGCAGGAGGAGAAGUCCGAGCAGGAGAGGACAUAUGAGGAGGAGCAAUGGAAGAAAGAGCAGGAGGAGAAGUCCGAGCAGGAGAGGACAUAUGAGGAGGAGCAAUGGAAGACCAGGGAGGAGGAGAAGACGGAGCAGGAGAGGACAUAUGAGAAGGAGCAAUGGAAGACCAGGGAGGAGGAGAAGACCGAGCAGGAGAGGACAUAUGAGAAGGAGCAAUGGAAGACCAGGGAGGAGGAGAAGACCGAGCAGGAGAGGACAUAUGAGGAGGAGCAAUGGAAGAAAGAGCAGGAGGAGAAGUCCGAGCAGGAGAGGACAUAUGAGGAGGAGCAAUGGAAGACCGAGGAGGAGGAGAAGACGGAGCAGGAAAGGACCUAUACGGUGGAGCAAUGGACGACAGACGAUGAAGAGGAGGAGAAGACGGAGCAAGAGAGGACAGAUGUGAAUGAGGCAGAUGUUGAGAGGUGUGUGGAGGAGGUGCAGGAACAGUCCCCAACCAGAAGCAGCAUGGAGGACUUGAGGAGGCGAGACGUGCAAAAGGAGGCUGAGCUGCUGGUGUCCACCAGGAGGACAGAGGAGAGCAAGGAGGACCUGCAACAAAGCAAAAGGGACUUCCUGCUGUCCUUGGACCAUUCCUUCCGUCAGGCACAUAGCCCUGAAGGGGGCGGGGCUAAAGGCUUGAUAUUUCAGUGUUGUGUGGCCCACCUGGAACUGAAACUGGAGCGAGCCCAGGAGAGAAUCCACCACCUGAAGGAGAAGAACAAGAAAGUGAAGACUGAGAGAGAUAUACUGAGACAGGUGUGUCAACUGCACGUGUCACUGGCACUGGAUAACCAGCAGAGGGCGAUGUUGCUCAGGAAGAGUCCAUGUCCUUAGACCCUCCUCCAGGACCCGAAUGCAUCAUUGGCAGCCUCUUCUGAGACCCUAGGGAGGCGGAGGAGGCGGAGGAGGCGGAGGAGGAGGUGUCCCUCGGCCAAUGCUGGCAGGGAACUAAAAAGGACAUUUUAGUAGUACAAGGUCAUUCUUCCUGCCUGCCACACGGUGGCGCCACACUGCAGGUGCUCCUCAACGCUUUGAGGGCACUGAGCCCUCCAAGUGGUUUCUCCACACAUGUAAGUAUUAUAUUUAUUACCUUUGUGUUGUCAUUGGACUGCCAGAUGUUACAUUUACUCAGCCCAAAUGUUGCCUACACAACAUUAUUACUGACAGAUGUCAUUAUAACUGCAAUUAAUACACAUGUCUUAUUAAAUGUCUCAUUAAGUGUA